AUGGACUACCGCAUGCCCCCCGAGCCUAAGCAUGUCGACCGCAAGCUGCUAUAUGUCAACCUGGAAGAGCGAAUCAAGUACUUGCACCACAUGCUUGACUUCGGAGCUGCCGAUGUCGAAGCGCUGAUGAACGGUCACAAGUACAUCAAGCAACUGAUCCCGGCAGUGGUCAAUCUGGUGUACAAGAAGCUCCUCGAAUGUGAUAUCACAUCACGCGCCUUCCACACACGUAACACAGCCGAUGAGACCGAGCCCGAGGCAGACUACCUCCACGAAGAGACACCCCAGAUCCAGCGUCGCAAGAUGUUCUUGCGCUGGUACCUGACUCGACUGUGCCAGGAUCCCACAACAAUGGACUUUUGGCGCUACCUGAACAAGGUUGGCAUGAUGCACAGCGGCCAAGUGCGUAGAUCUCCCCUCAAUAUCGAGUACAUUCAUCUUGGCGCCUGCAUGGGUUACAUCCAGGACAUUUGGAUCGAAGCGAUGAUGUCGCACCCGCAUUUAUCGCUGCGUCGAAAGAUUGCGCUCGUGCGCGCCGUGAAUAAAAUCCUCUGGAUCCAGAAUGAUCUGUUCGCCCGGUAUCACUGCAGUGACGGUGAUGAGUUCUGGGAUGACAUGUCGUUCAUGAGCUUCGAAGAUCAGGAGGGGUACAUUGGCGAUAAGAAGAUCCUCGGCAGCACCUCCGGCAGCUCCAAUGACGAUGACCGAUCCAGCAUCUCAAGUGGUGUGGCACCCUCCACGCAUAGCGCGGCACCAUCAUCGAUACCGCCAAGGGGCGAGGCCAAACCAUCUGGCUGUCCAUUCGCGGAGAUGGGCAAGCAAAAUUCCACGGAGACCAAGAUUUGGGCAAACUAG